UUGGCCCGGAAGAGGGCUUCCCAUUCGCCGUCCCCGAGUCGAUAUCUGUUGCAGAGCUCGGUACCCCUGGCCAAGCGGAAUGGUUGCGCCCGCCUGCAGUCGUGCAGGGACAUGCGCUUAGGCCUGGACGAGAUAUGGUCUAUCCAGGAGGGAUCCCUGGUUCUGUGCAUCAACCCAUCCUAUACCAUAUCCGACCACGUGCAGCCGAGAUGGGAUGAACUUGAACUCGUGGCCGGAGAAAUCCUGGUCGUCUGCCGCCUCUAUGCCGAUUUGUGGGCCCUUUGUGCCCGUGCUUCAUUUCCUUCCGCCGCAAAAACCAACGAGACCGCCAACACCCAGCCAAUGAGCCUUGCCUUCGUGCCUCUCUGCGCAGUCACCCUUGCGGCGAACUUUAGUGCUUUCAAUCGAAGAUGCAUCGAGCAUGAUCUCCGCGACCCCAGUGCCCCGAGAUUUCCGGGAAAUGGGCUUCCUGUGAUGCCGCCUCCGCGUUCGUGCAGUCUCAUUGAUGGUAUGCAGCUGGCUCAGUCUGACAGACUACAUAACCGCCUUCCAGAGGUAGUAUCCGAUACGCUCAACAAGGUGUUGCCGGAGUGUGUCGAAGCUGACUAUGUACCACUUGACCUUCAUGUCGGAGCUCUCCUGUCCAAUCUGAAAGUGAAACGCAAUCGCCAGUCACAGUGUCUUGGUAUACCCGCAGCGGUUGAUCCGCCACCACAACCCACCGAGCCAGACCCCAAACCCGCCUCCUCUGCAAGCCACAGAUUCAGAAAAUGGUUUGGACUUGCGUAAUCCAGGGUCGUUCGGAUGGUGGUACUCUUUGUGAAUGCGAUGAACAAUCGUCAUUAGGAGAAGUCCCGAGAGGGCUGGACAUGAAAGUUUAUUAAAACAGCUUUAUCCAUGCUUGAUGUCGUGUUGCUCCAACUUAAGCCACGCCUUGAAGUUGGUCUUUCUCGCCCUGAAGUGAAGCACAGUAGUUGACUGGAAACGUCUCAGCAACGAAGACAGGUCGAGCUAGUACUUGGAAGGGUCAGAUCUCAUAUUGUAGCUACGUUCACAUGGCAGGCAAGAAUGAAUUGAUUAGAGGUUGGCCAGGUAUUUUCCCCAGUCAUUGAUUCAAAGGCCGAAUAAACUGAAAGCACACUGAGACUCUGAUAAAUAAUCUUCGGUGUGAUUUUCAUUGAAUCCAGGCCAUUGCUUAGAAUCGCAGUUUUGUUUUGCGUAGUACGGAACAUCUAGUCCACCUAUUAUCGACUGAUUAGGUGUGCUUUUCGUCUUUCAAUGGUGA